CAUCUAGUCUGCUGGAAACGCAAAUGAAGAAGAGCGUAAACGGAAGUAAACAAUGACCAAGAAGCACUUCCACGUCAGCGUUUUUAUUGUUAUUUUAGACGUUUAUUAACACGAGGGAACUCAAAAUAUGACUAAUUUAACUGCACAGCAUCACAUACUUACCCGAUGUUGUAUUUAAUUCGCGUUGGUUACAGGACUUGGUUGACAGACGUUAUAUAGGUAACGCUAGCCAGCUAGCUAAAAAUAACAAUGGCUAACUGUAUGGUUUUUCACUCUCAAAUAGCCUCCAUCAUGGAGGUGCUAGCGAAUUCAGCCGUGGCAGAUAUCUGUAAACUCGUAGACGACGACUAUGCAGUGUUUCGUUUGGAAAUAACUCAAAGCCAGAAAGAAAACAGAGCAUUGCGGAGGAAACUUCAGCUAAUGGAACUGAAGGUGGCACGGGAGCGCGCAGAGAGGACAAUCCGAGAGCGCGCCCUCGCCAGUCGUCCCAGUAGUGUCAAGAUCCUCGAUCGAUACAGAGGAAUGGCAAGAGGUGAAGGACAUCUCACUGGAGGCCACAGGAGCUUUGUGAAGCCAGCGGGACACAAUACAUGGAGAGAUGACCAACCAAUCACUGUUGAUGAGGGGAGUGGAACCUCAACCCAGCAUGUUAUUGUGAUAGAGGAGGAGGAGAGUCCAGAGGUGCUGCUGGUGAAGGAGGAGGGGUGUGAGGAGGGUCUGGGGAACCCUGAGGGGACCAUGGUCAUGGAGGACAACCACACGACACCUCCUCCUGAACCCACAGAGGCACCAGCUGAGCAGCACAGGACUACACAGAGUCUCACUGAGUCAGUAGACAUGGAGGAUGGAAAGCCUGAUCUGCUGCUGGUCAAAGAGGAGACAGUAGAAGACGGACCAGAGAGCAUUGACCUGCUGAGUGGAAUAAAGAUGGGGGAGCAAGGUGGUUGGUUGGAGGAUGACAGAGGAGACUGGGCGGCCAUCUUGGAUUCCCAGACCCAGACAGGUGCAGCCAAGGGCCCGCGGGACAACAUAGUGGAGUCUCCUUCACCCACUGCUCCCUGGUACGCCGCCGAGAUACACCAGUUAAAAGCCAGUGGACGGCUGCAAGAGGACUGGUCUGGUACGUCCUUCUCAAGCAUACACAGAUCACCUGUUAAAACAUAAAAGAACGCCCUCUCAGCUGCAAGAACAUCUUACUACUCCGACCUCAUCAACUCUGGUAAAAACAACCAAAAAGUCCCCUUCUCCACAGCGAACCGCCUACUUCAGCCUCCUGACAGCUUCCCUGCAGACUCCUCCCCUGAACAGUGCAACAAGUUCCUGAAAAUCCAUGACAUCCACCACCACCUACUUACACCAGUAUAACCUCCGCAUCCCCAUAGAUAGUUUCCCGGUCCCUCUGUCAACACAAGUCAAAAGCCCUCAUCACCUCCCGUUUGGACUAUUGCAACACUCUGCCUCCCAAACUCACCAACCGACUUCAACUGGUCCAGAACUCUGCUACCAGAAUCCUCACCUGCACCAGAUCAAUCGAUCACAUCACACCAAUCCUCAUCAAUCCACACUGGCUCCCUGUGCAAUCCCGUAUUACCUUUAAGACCGACACCUACAAAGCACCCCACAACCUGGCACCCACCUACCUCUCUGACCUUCACCCAGCACGUGCCCCUUCUGCUCCUCCUCUGCUGGUUUCCAUGUCAUCCCCCCAUUCACAGGUCAAAUACGGGGUGCUUAUAUUUGUCCUGUUUCACUGCAUGUAUUAGUGUUUAACCAGUGUGAGUGUUAGAUGUGAAAUGGAAAUAUGUUUUUAAAUUUUUUAUAUCUGAGACACCCUGGGAGAGUGAGGUCACAGCCAGGGAUCAGCCAUUAUUGACGGCAAUACUGGAGCAACUAGUCUGCUGAAGGAUUCGAACAACAUUUUUGGUUACUGGCCCAAUACUCUUAAACGUUAGGCUACCUGCCGCCUCUCCACCAUGGUUGCCUGAACCUUCAACUGCUCUGCCUCAGGCUCUGGAAUGCACUCCCCCCCACACACAUACAAUAUGCAGACACAGUAUUCUCAUUCAAAAACCUCCUAAAAACACAUCUCUUCAAGGAUGCCUAUAACCUAUUACCUGUGGUCUGUCAUUGACUCUGUCAUUAAGUCCUGUCCGACUUAACCCCCCGACCCCCGUGUCUUCUCAGUAUAGCUACAGUGCCUUGAAAGUAUUCAGUUAACACCCCUUGACUUUUUCCACAUUUUUGUUGUGUUACACAAUUACAUUGGCCUACAGACACAAUACCUCAUAAUGUCAAAGUGGAAUUAAGUAUUCAACCCCUUUGUUAUGUCAAGCCUAAAUACAGUUGAAGUCGGAAGUGUACAUACACUUCGGUUGGAGUCAUUACCUCGUUUUUCAACCACUCCACAAAUUUCUUGUUAACAAACUAUAGUUUUGGCAAGUCAGUUAGGACAUCUACUUUGUGCAUGACACAAGUCAUUUUUCCAACAAUUGUUUACAGACAGACUAUUUCACUUAUAAUUCACUGUAUCACAAUACCAGUGGGUCAGAAGUUUACAUACACUAAGUUGACUGCCUUUAAACAGCUUGGAAAAUUCCAGAAAAGGAUGUCAUGGCUUUAGAAGCUUCUGAUAGGCUAAUUGACAUCAUUUGUAUUUCAAGGCCUACCUUCAAACUCAGUGCCUCUUUGCUCGACAUCAUGGGAAAAUCAAAAGAAAUCAGCCAAGACCUCAGAAAAAAAUUGUAGACUUCCACAAGUCUGGUUCAUCCUUGGGAGCAAUUUCUAAAUGCCUGAAGGUACCACGUUCAUCUGUACAAACAAAAGUACGCAAGUAUAAACACGUUGGGACCACGCAGCCGUCAUACCGAUCAGCAAGGAGACGCGUUCUGUCUCCUAGAGAUGAACGUACUUUGGUGCGAAAAGUGCAAAUCAAUCCCAAAACAACAGCAAAGGACCUUGUGAAGAUGCUGGAGGAAACAGGUACAAAGUAUCUAUAUCCACAGUAAAACGAGUCCUAUAUCGCCAUAACCUGAAAGGCCGCUCAGCAAGGAAGAAACCACUGCUCCAAAACCGCCAUUAAAAAAAACAGGCUAGGUUUGCAACUACACAUGGGGACAAAGAUUGUACUUUUUGUCCUCAGGCCUGAUGAAACAAAAAUAUAACUUUUUGGCCAUAAUGACCAUCAUUAUGUUUGGAGGAAAAAGGGGGAGGCUUGCAAGCCGAAGAACACCAUCCCAACCGUGAAGCACGGUAUAAAUAUGUACAAACAGUGUAUUCCUAAAGACUUUAACAUAACAAGGAUCUACUAUUUACAAAAAUCACACAUGGAAAACAUUUUGAAAAAACAGGCACUCGCUCAUCAUGCUUCUUCCCUCCGCCGCCCUCCUCCUCCUCUCAUUCACUCUGGGGCUCUGGUGGCAGCAUCAUGUUGUGGGGGUGCUUUGCUGCAGGAGGGACUGGUGCACUUCACAAAAUAGAUGGCAUCAUGAGGAAGGAAAAUUAUGUGGAUAUAUUGAAGCAACAUCUCAAGACAUCAGUCAGGAAGUUAAAGCUUGGUCACAAAUGGGUCUUCCAAAUGGACAAUGACCCCAAGCAUAUUUCAAAGUUGUGGCAAAAUGGCUUAAGGACAACACAGUCAAGGUAUUGGAGUGGCCAUCACAAAGCCCUGACCUCCAUCCUCUAGAAAAUUUGUGGGCAGAACUGAAAAAGCGUUUGCGAGCAAGGAGUCCUACAAACCUGACUCAGUUACACCAUCUGUCAGGAGGCAUGGGCCAAAAUUCACCCAACUUAUUGUGUGAAGCUUGUGGAAGGCUUCCUGAAAUGUUUGACCCAAGUUAAACAAUUUAAAGGCAAUGCUCCCAAAUACUAAUUGGGUGUAUGUAAACUUCUGACCCACUGGGAAUGUGAUGAAAUUAAUAAAAGCUGAAAUAAAUUACUCUCUAUUAUUAUUCUGACAUUUCACAUUCUUAAAAUAGUGGUUACCCUAACUGACCUAAGACCUAAGAAUUCCUACUAGGAUUAAAUGUCAGGAAUUGUGACAAACUGAGUUUAAAUGUAUUUGGCUAAGGUGUAUGUAAACCUCCUACUUCAACUGUAAGUUCAAGAGUAAACAGUCGCUUAACAAGUCACAUAAUACCUUGAUUUUUUAAUGGCCAGCUCAUCUCUGUACUCCACACAUACAGAAAAUUGUAAGGUCCUUCAGCCGUGCAGUGAAUUUCAAACACAGAUUCAACCACAAAUAGUGGGGAGGUUUUCCAAUGCCUCACAAAGAAGGGCAGCUAUUGACAGAUGGGUAAAAAAAAUUAAAAGCAGACGUUGAAUAUCCCUUUGAGCAUGAGGAAGUUAUUAAUUACACUUUGGGUGGUGUAUCAAUACACCCAGUCACUACAAAGAUACAUGCGUCCUUCCUAACUCAGUUGCCGUAGAGGGAGGAUACCUCUCGGGAAUUUCACCAUGAAGCCAGUAGUGACUUUAUAACAGUUACAGAGUUUAAUGGCUGUGAUAAGAUGUGUAGGCUGUGAGGAUGGAUCAACAACAUUGUAGUUACUCCACAAUACUAACCUAAUAGACAGAGUGAGAAGAUGGAAGCCUGUACAGAAUCCAACUAUUCCAUAACAUGCAUCCUGUUUGCAACAAAGCAUUAAAGUAAUACUGCAUAAUACAAACUGUUGUGUUUGGGGCAAAUCCAAUACAGUACAUUAUUGAGUACCACUCUCCAUAUUUUCAAGCAUUGUGGUGGCUGCAUCAUGUUAUGGGUAUGCUUGUAAUCGUGAAGGACUGGGGAGUUUCAGGAUAAAAAUAAACGGAAUAGAGCUAAGCACAGGCAAAGUCCUAGAGGAAAACGUGGUUCAGGCUGCUUUCCACCAGACAACUUUCUGCAGGACAAUGACCUAAAACAAGGCUAAAUCUACACUGGCGUUACUUAUCAAGAAGACAAUGAAUGUUCCUGAGUGGAAAAUGAAUGUUCCUACUUGAAAGUCUAUGGCAAGACCUGAAACAGAUUGUCUAGCAAUGAUCAACAACCAAUUUGACAGAGUUUGAAGUAUUUUGAAAAGAAUAAAUGGGCAAAUGUUGCACAGUCCAGGUGUGAAAAGCUCUGAAAGACUUACCCAGAAACACUCACAGCUGUAAUCUUUGCCAAAGGUGCUUCUACAAAGCAUUGCCUCGGGGGUGUGAAUACUUGUGUAAAUUACAUUUCUGUACUUUUUUCUGUACUUUUUAAUACAUUUUGCAAAAAUGUCACUUUUUUGUCACUGUCAUUAUGGGUUAUUGUGUGUAGAUGGGUGAGAUUUGAAUUGAUUCCAUCCUUUGGAUUUUUUUGUGCAUUAUAAUUAAAAAAUAACACAUUUACAUAAGUAUUCAGACCCAUUGCUAGGAGACUUGAAAUUGUGCUCAGGUGGAUCCUGUUUCCAUUGAUCAUCCUUGACAUGUUUCCACAACUUGAUUGGAGUCCACCUCGUAAAUUCAAUUGAUUGGACAUGAUUUGGAAAGGCACACACCUGUCUAUGUAAGGUCCCACAGUUGACGGUGCAUGUCAGAGCAAAAACCAAGCCAUGAGGUCAAAGGAAUUGUUGGUAGACAAGAUUGCUUCCAGGCACAGAUCUGGGGAAGGGUACCAAAACAUUUCUGCAGCAUUGAAGUUCCCCAAGAACACAGUGGCCUCCAUCAUUCUUAAAUAGAAGAAGUUUGGAACCACCAAGACCCUUCCUAGAGCUGGCCGCCAGGGCAAACUGAGCAAUCGGGGGAGAAGGGCCUUGGUCAGGGAGGUGACCAAGAACCUGAUGGUCACUCUGACAGAGCUCCAGAGUUCCUCUGUGGAGAUGGGAGAACCUUACAGAAGGAUACCAUCUCUGCAGCACUCCACCAAUCAGGCCUUUAUGGUAGACUGGCCAGAGCUUCUCUUCAGUAAAAAGGCACAUGACGGCCUGCUUGGAGUUUGCCAAAAAGCACCGAAAAGGACUCUCAGACCAUGAGAAACAAGAGUCUCUGGUCUGAUGAAACCAGACCAAGCCUAAAUGCCAAGCGUCACAUAUGGAGGAAACCUGGAACCGUCCCUACGGUGAAGCAUGGUGGUGGCAGCAUCGUGCUGUGGGGAAAUAUGAACAGAGCAAAGUACAGAGAGAUCCUAGAUGAAAACCUGAUCGAAAACACUCAGGACUGAGGCAAAGGUAAACCUUCCAACAGGACAAUGACCCUAAGCACACAGCCAAGACAACACAGGAGUGCCUUCGGGACAAGUCUCUGAAUGUCCUUGAGGGGCCCAGCCAGAGCCCGGACUUCAACCUGAUCGAACAUCUUUGAAGAGACCUGAAAGAGACCUGAAAAUAGCUUUGCGGUGACGCUCCCCAUCCAACCUGACAGAGCUUGAGAAGAUCUGCAGAGAAGAAUGGGAGAAAUUCCCCAAAUACAGGUGUGCCAAGCUUGUAGCGUCAUACCCAAUACUUGAGGCUGUAAUCGCUGCCAAAGGUGCUUCAACCAAGUACUGAGUAAAGGGUCUGAAUACUUAUGUAAACUGAAUAUUUCUGUUACUUAUUUUUUAUUUGCAAAAAAAUUACAAACCUGUUUUGCCUUUGUCAUUAUGGGGUAUUGUGUGUAGAUUGAUGAGGGGAAAAAACAAUUGAAGCAAUUUUAGAAUAAUGCUGUAACGUAAUGAAAUGUGGAAAAUGUCAAAAGUUCUGAAUACUUUCCUAAUGCACUAUAUGUGUCCCCCUAACCCGCACCCAAAACCGGGUCCGUAUCCUAUUCCCAAUCCUACCCCUUAAACAUAAAACCUUACCCUAAACCGUAUUCGUAUCCUCUACCCAAUCCCUCCCUCUGUUUAUCUGACCUGUUUCAUCUGGUCCUUUAUUUAAAUAUUCAUUGGAUUGAUGCACUUGAUUUUAUGAUCUUUCGUACAGCACUUUAUUUAAUGUAGGCCUACUCUUAAUGUAAGAUUUCCCUGAAAGGCAUCUGCCAAAUAUAAUGUAUUAUUAUGAUGAUGAGGCAGAGUAGAUUAUAUGGUGUUGGUUGGUGUGAUGGUUUCUGUAAAAAUACUUCACGGAUGAAGAGUGACAACCUUAGUUUGAUACUGGUGUUUUAUAGUCAGAUAAUGAUCGUGCCUUAAUUAAUGUUUACUUGACAUGGAGUAGUACAGAUGUGUGUACUGUAAUGUUGAACCUUUUCCUAAGUAUUCUAAAAUUCAUUUUUAUCAAAGCGAGGGUACCAGAUUUACAGAAAAGGUCAAGUGUUACCAUAGUGACAAGUUAUUCUACUUGUACAACUAUACUUCAUGUUACGUGAGUAUGUGUGACCAUUUUGUAAAAUACAACGUUAACUAGGCGUCGGCUGCCUUGGCUAUUUUUGUAUCGUUGCAGGGACUGAAUUUCCCUUAUCUCUCUCUAGUAGUCCGUCGGUUUCGACGAUGACGACUCGCGGAUGUCAUUUCUGUUGUGGGUUCUUGAGUUGCUCAGGAGUCAGUUUUGAAGAGCAGACCGAAGCAUGAGGGACAGACGUGCUUCUGGUGGUGUUGUGAGCGUGCUUGUGCAGGUAUGACGCUUUUCUCUGGCUGCAGAUAGUUGUUUCUGUCCCGCUCAAAGUUGUCUACUGCGGUGAGCGUUUGAGUGCCAGAUGGAUCGGGUAGAGGGAAUGUCUGUGAAUUGGCUGGGCUGGAUAUUGCAGAACUUGAGGUUGUGUUUUCGGUAGCCUCAAUUCUGGUGCUGUUAGCUUUCUGCAGUACCUCCAGGUUGGAGACCUUGUCUUGCCACCGGAUACCCAUAAUAGAUCUCAGAGAUUGUGUAUGGAAUGUCUCCAGCUGUUUGAAGUGGUGACUGUACAGGGUUCAAGUUUCACAGUCAAACAACAGAGUUAUGAUGACUACCACAUUGUAGAUUUUCACUUUUGUGGAAAGAGUGAUGGUGUUAUCCUGUUCCUCAGCCUUCCCAAUGACUGGCUUGCUUUCUGAAUUCUGCUAGUUAUUUCUUGGUCACGUGAGCCGUCCUUGGAGAUGGUGCUCCCCAGAUAUGUGAAGUGGGCGACAUUCUGGAGCUCGGUUCCACUUAGGUGGAUGCUGGAGACCACUGGGUUGGACAGGGUUGAUGAUUCCAGUUUUUUUCCCAAGCUUUAUCAAAGUUGUCUGAUAAAUACUGGAGGUCUGCCUCUGUGUGUGCAAGUAGGGCACAGUCAUCAGUAUAGAGGGUUCUUGUGGUUUGGUCUUUGCUCUGAGUCAGAACCUUCAAUGCUGCAGACAUUUUUUGAGCACCCUUCCCCAGAUCUGUGCCUCGACACAAUCCUGUUUCGGAGCUUUAUGGAGAAUUCCUUUGACCUCAUGGCUUGUUUUUUGUUCUGACAUGCAGUCAACUGUGGGACCUUAUAUAGACAGAUGUGUGCCUUUCCAAAUCAUGUCCGAGCAAUUGAAUUUACCACAGGUGGACUCCAAUCAAGUUGUAGAAACAUCUCAUGGAUGAUCAAUGGAAACAGGAUGCCACUGAGCUCAAUUUUGAGUGCCAUAGCAAAUGGUCUGAAUACGUAUGUAAAUAAGGUAUUUCUGUUUUUGUUUUUUAUAAAUGUGCAAACAUGUCUAGAAAUCUGUUUUGGCUUUGUCAUCAUGGCGUAGUGUGUAUAGACUGAUGAGGACUUUUAUUUAUUUAAUCCAUUUAAAAUGAGGCUGUAAAAUAACAAAAUGUGGAGAAAGGAAAGGGGUCUGAAUACUUUUUGAAUGCACUGCACAUGGCUCCUCCUUUAGCUACACAGAGUUGCUUGGGGUUAGCCAGCGGCAGUAGCUGAAAGCAUAAAGUAGCAAGCAACAAGCAGGCAGGCGGCAAUCACUAACUACCACUACACUACGGCACUAGACGCAUCACACACAUGAAAAGUACUUAUGUGAGUGUUUGUAUUUCAUUUCAACAAAAUGGUCAAAGUUAACAAUGUGUUGACUGACUUGGUUAUUUUUGUAUCAUUGCAGGGACGGAGUUUCCAUUAUACUUAAAAUGGCAAUUUUUUAUAAUAAACUCCACUGGCUCCAUAUUGUUGGGUACUUGAAUCACAGUGUUUAGAGAUGGGCUUGACUGUGGUUAACAUUUUGUAAUAUCAUGUCAUGUUUCUGUGUCUACAAUAGUUUAUUUUAUAUAACCUUUAUUUGCUCUUCUGUACAA